UUUGCUCGUGGAAGAAAGAGAGGAGACUUUUCUAUUGCUGCGCAGACUUAGGGCUUCUUCAUCUCGGAGCGCAAGGCGCUCUAUGACUCGCUGGGGAGCCGGCAUUUCAGCGAUUCGUCGGCAUUGGAUGUAAGGUUUCGUCCAAAUGCCGGGUUCUUGAUCGGAAGAAAUGCGGGGGAGAGGCGCUGGCGGAUUGGCGACGCGAUGGGUGCUGGUUUUGUGCAUGUUAAGUUUUUGCGUCGGCCUGCUCUUCACCAACAGUUUUCUUCUUUCUCGCAGGAUGUGGUUUGUGGAGGAGGGAAAAGAAGCGCUGAAAUUGCAAUACCAUGGUGAUGACGAUGACUAUGACUGUGAAAAAAAGCAUAAGCAUGUACAUGAGCAUGAUAUUAUCAUGGAUGACCAUCAUCGCCCUGGAACGCUUGCAACUUGGGAGUCUGGUCUCAAUGCCCAAUCGCGUGAGAAGUCUUCGGCUGCGUUCCUGAAGAACGCCGAGAAAGCGUUGCCGGAGGAACGGAAAAAAGCUUUCGUUGUGGUUGGGAUAAACACGGCAUUCAGCAGCAGGAAGCGAAGAGAUUCUGUUCGCGAAACGUGGAUGCCAAGAGGAGAGAAGCUCAAGGAACUCGAAGACGAAAAGGGAAUUGUCGUGCGGUUUGUCAUAGGACACAGUGCAACUCCUGGAGGUAUCUUAGACAGAGCUAUUGAUGCUGAAAAUACGCAGCAUAACGAUUUCUUGAGACUGGACCAUGUUGAAGGCUAUCUCGAGUUGUCUGCCAAAACCAAAAUCUACUUUUCCACAGCUGUGGCAAAAUGGGAUGCCGACUUUUACGUCAAAGUAGAUGACGAUGUUCAUGUAAACUUAGGGGCUUUGGCAACAAAUUUAGCCCGGCAACAAGCGAAACAUCGGAUCUACAUCGGUUGCAUGAAGUCUGGUCCAGUACUGGCUCAAAAAGGAGUCCGCUACCACGAACCAGAGUAUUGGAAGUUUGGAGAGCAAGGAAAUCGCUACUUCAGACACGCAACCGGUCAGUUGUAUGUAAUCUCCAAGGAUUUGGCAACGUACAUUUCAGCCAACGAGCCAAUUUUGCACAAGUAUGCGAAUGAGGACGUUUCACUCGGGGCUUGGUUUAUCGGCCUGGAUGUAGAACACAUCGAUGAUAGAACAAUGUGCUGCGGGACACCGCCAGAUUGCGAGUGGAAGGCACAGGCAGGGAAUGCGUGCGUCGCGUCGUUCGACUGGUCUUGCAGUGGGAUUUGCAAGUCAGCCGAGAGGAUUCACGAAGUUCACAGCCGGUGUGGAGAGGGCGAGCAAGCUCUCUGGAACUGGAACUCGACGUCCUUGAGCACAUCCACGGACAGUAGCGCGUGAGUGAAGAGAUAAUCGCGACAACCGAAAAAAAAUAGAGAAGAGGAUUUCGCUACUCGCUCCAUCCUCGAGGCUGCGACUAUACCGCCGGGAAGUGAAAGGAGCGAUAGCCUUUUCCUCCAUUCACAGAUAAGUGUAAUUCUUGCGUUAAAACUUAAAGGUAACCUUAAAGGUUAAAGAUUA